CCCCCAACUCCCCCCCAUCACUCCUACAACUACCAUCAUAAAACCCCCCACAGCCAACUCCUCCGCCACCUCCACCGCCACGCCGCCAUGCUCCACCGCCGUCUCUGAAAUUAACACACCACACUAUACGACCAUCGAAAUGCCAACAACACCCAGUAUACUGUUUUUUCUGUUUCUAAUAUUUGUAACGAACCUGAAUUGUACAUUUUCUCUCUCCUCCGACGGCCUCUCCCUCCUCUCUCUGAAAUCCGCCGUCGACUCCUACGGCGCCUCGGCCUUCUCCGACUGGAACGAGGAGGACGACACCCCGUGCCGGUGGACCGGGAUCGCCUGCGCCAACAUCUCCGGCGCCUCCCGCGUCGUCGGGGUCGCCGUCUCCGGCAGGAAUCUCCGGGGAUACAUCCCGUCGGAGCUCGGCACCCUAGUUUACCUCCGAAGGCUUAAUCUACAUGGUAACAACUUGUACGGCUCCAUUCCCGAUCAGCUCUUCAACGCUUCCGCUCUCCACAGUCUCUUCCUCUACGGAAACAACCUCUCUGGUCCUAUCCCACCUUCUCUAUGCAACCCCACUCGUCUUCAAAAUUUAGAUCUCUCCAACAACUCCAUUUCCGGCCCACUCCCCAAUUUCCUCCGCAACUGCGCCCAAUUGCAGCGCUUAAUCCUCGCUGACAACAAGUUAUCCGGCGAGAUUCCGGUGGGGAUUUGGCCGGCGAUUCCAAACUUGGUCCAGCUUGAUUUAUCCUCGAACGGCUUCACAGGCCCGAUACCGGAGGACAUCGGGGAGUUGAAAUCUCUCUCUGGAACUCUCAAUCUGUCAUUCAACCAUUUCUCCGGCAUCAUUCCGGAAUCUUUAGGGGAUCUGCCAAUGACAGUUAGUUUCGAUCUGCGAAACAACAAUUUCAGUGGCGAGAUUCCUCAGACUGGAUCGUUCUCGAAUCAGGGCCCGACGGCCUUUUUGAACAACCCGUCGCUCUGUGGGUUUCCGUUGACGAAAAAAUGCCAGAAAAACAGUACGGAGACGGUUCCAGGGAUUCAGAAUCCCUCGCCGGAGUCUGACAGUAAUGGCCAGCGGAAAGGGCUGAAGCCGGGGUUGAUAAUACUGAUCUCGGUGGCUGACGCUGUUGGGGUUUCAUUUAUUGGUUUGAUAGUUAUUUAUUUGUAUUGGAAGAAGAAAGAUUCAAACAGUUGUAGCUGUGCUGGGAGAGGGAAAUUGGGUGGCAAUGAGAAAACCAAGUUCUGUGUUUGUCCUUGUAUGAGCGGAUUUCCAAGCCAUGACUCGGAACUCGACUCUGAAAAAGGCGGUAACGGUAGUGGUGGCGGUGCCAGUGGUGCUGGUACCGGUGGCGGAGAGGGUGAUCUUGUGGCUAUCGACAAAGGGUUUAAUUUCGAGCUUGACGAGCUUUUGAGGGCAUCGGCGUAUGUGUUGGGAAAGAGCGGGUUGGGCAUCGUGUAUAAAGUUGUGCUUGGGAAUGGGGUGCCGGUGGCGGUGAGGAGGUUGGGAGAAGGCGGCGAGCAGAGGUACAAGGAGUUUGUGGCGGAGAUUCAGGCGAUCACGAGGGUUAAGCAUCCCAAUAUUGUCAGGCUGAGGGCUUAUUACUGGGCUCCUGAUGAGAAGCUUCUCAUUAGUGAUUUCAUCUCUAAUGGCAACUUGUCUUCCGCUCUCCGCGGGAGAAUUGGCCAGCCAUCAUCCCCUCUCUCAUGGACAACCCGACUGAAGAUCGCAAAGGGCCUCGCACGAGGAUUGGCGUACCUCCACGAAUGCAGUCCAAGGAAGUUCGUCCACGGCGACAUCAAACCAUCCAACAUCCUCCUAGACAAUGAAUUCGAAGCCUACAUAUCGGAUUUCGGCCUCAACCGGCUCAUCAGCAUCACCGGAAACAACCCUUCCUCGUCCGGUGGCUUCAUCGGCGGAGCACUCCCGUAUAUAAAGUCAGUCCCACCUGAGAAGGCAAACAACUACCGAGCACCAGAGGCUCGAUCCUUCAUAGACCGGCCGACUCAAAAAUGGGACGUGUACUCGUUUGGAGUCGUCUGUCUAGAAUUGCUAACGGGAAAGUCCCCGGAGCUGUCCUCUCCAACUACAUCUACUUCAACGGAAGUUCAGGAUCUAGUGAGGUGGGUGAGGAAGGGAUUUGAAGAGGAGAAUCCGUUAUCGGACAUGGUUGAUCCUCUGCUGCUUCAAGAAGUGCAUGCCAAGAAAGAAGUACUGGCUGUUUUCCAUAUAGCCCUCGCUUGCACCGAGGGAGACCCGGAGAUUCGGCCUAGGAUGAAAACCGUAUCCGAAAAUCUCGAUAGGAUCGGGACGUAGCUCUGUAUGUUUUGUCGAGGAGUCUCGAUGUUCUUGAUUUUGCUAUGGGAAACUUUGUGCAUCGGUACUAGCAGACACGGAUCGAUGCUUCGAUCUCUAUCGGGCGAGGUACGGAGUUUCUUGAUGUCUUUUGGGAGAUUCUCAAGAGCAUUUUGUUGUAACUUUUGGUUUUUCAGUUGGGGGUAGAGGGAAAGCUAGUUGCCUUUUGUAUUUAUGUUUCUACAAUGAUACCCAAUUCCUUUGUUAUUAGUAUGUGUUUGUAAUAAGAUGUGUCCUUGUCAUUUUGGUUC